ACCAGCAAUAACAAGUGUGUUAAAGUGGAACUAUUAUUUUGUAAAAGUGAACUACCAAUUCCGUGAACUACGGUUUAGAAGAACUACUUCAGGCGGCCACUGGCGGGAAUUCAAGGGAUUUUCUUUUCUAGACAAUUGUGGUAUUAUGUCCCUGUAGGUAGACAACACACAUUACCCAAAACGAUGGGCUUUUUAUUCAAAUCAAACUGAAGUGACACUCUCAUUAUCUGUCCCUGACCACACCGCUGCAUUUUUUCCCAAUGUCAAGGGUAACCUCACAGCUAUAACAUGGGCGCACGCAGUAAAUUCGCAAGCUCUUCUCCAAACUGCUUUAAACGGUUCCGUAAUGAUGUUGGAAGCAGAUGUGAUAAUUGGCACCCUCAACAAUGAACCGGAUCCAAUUCCAAUUAUGGGUCAUCCUCCAGCAAACAAUUCGGAUCUUUCCUUAGAAAUGUUUCUGCAAGCAGUCCAAAAUAACAACAUGAACUCCAGCGCGCCGAAGGGAAUCAAAUUAGAUUUCAAGUCGAUCGAAGCCGUAGAAAAGUCUUCGCCGAUUAUUGGAAAAAUGUACCCGGCGAUCACUUUCCCAUUAUGGCUCAACGCGGAUAUACUUCCAGGUCCUUUAAACACUGUCGACCCACCUGUUGACGCGGCGCGUUUUUUAAAAGUUGCCGAAACGUUCGCGAACGCUACCCUCUCCAUUGGCUGGAAAACUCUCUAUGGAGGACCUGCAAAUAUAACCAACGCGUCUUAUACUGAUCAGCAAAUAGAAGAAAUGAUCAAUGUUAUUCGUUUUCACAAUGUUACACAGCCAAUCACGUUUCCGGUACGAGCAGGAAUUGCAGCGCAAAGUUUAGAACAACUGGACAAAAUUGUCAAGAGCGUCAAUGAUUCUACCUUAACUCUGUGGAAUGGCAAUGGCGAUUACGUUGACAUUCCAACUUUGCGUGAGCUUAUUUUUAGAUUGGGUGUAAAUAAGGUUUACGUCGAUCUGCCUGAUGAUUUAAAAAUGAGCUUGCAUUUAGAUCAGAACGGCAGUGUCAGUAAUUUAGCUUCAAUUACUGUAUUAGCUUUCAUUUUAUCUUUGCUUGUAACAUUAAUGUAGUUCCUCAACAAUGUUUUAUUUAUUGCACUUGACAGAGUCGAUUAAAAUAUGUGUACUAUGUAGAUAUCCCGCACUGAGAUGUUUUCAUUACUACAGUACAGUCUGGUACAACGUAGCAUUUAUCUCCAGGUUAGGCUGGGAGAAUUUUUGAAUAAAGUGAUUAUUCUUCA